AUGCAACUCAGUGUUCGAGCCAUUGCUCUGCUUUUGGGAGUGACCAUUGCUGCACCGGCGUCGUAUAAUACGAUAGCUCCUUUCUCAACCUUCUCUCAAGUCACUAUCUUUACCCCAGAUGAAAACUACACAGAUCCUCGAGUUCUCUAUCCACGCACAGUCGAACUAGACAACGGCGUUCUUCUUGCAACAUGGGUAAUGUUAAUUCUUGGUUCGCUAUUGAACUGCGCUGAGGUUUUGGAAGGAAAAUUACUCUCCCGAGCCACCUUUAGUUUACUUUCCUAUUUACAGAAGUGCUGAUGGUGGAGCAUCAUGGGAAGAGAUUUCACGGAUUCAAGACACGGUCAAUAACUACGGACUUCGUUAUCAGCCAAUGCUGUAUCGUCUCCCUAUUGCUAUUGGAAGAUACAAAGCCGGGACCAUUCUUUGUGCAGGAAACUCAAUCCCCACGGACUGUAUGUAGCUCUUCCCUGUUUUCCUCUCUGACACUAAUCCCAUCUUCAUUACCCUGGGGGAGGUGUUCCUCGUAAUUCAACUAGCAGAGUAUGGCUGAUAUGAUGCAGUGAGUGUUACCAAAAUCGAUGUUUACGCAAGUGAAGAUGACGGAUAUAACUGGAACUUUGUGUCCCAUGUUGCGGUUGGAGGAAGGGCGGUCCCAGAUAACGGAGUCCCGGCUAUCUGGGAACCCUUUCUACUCGCAUACGAAGGAAGUAUAGUCCUUUAUUAUUCCGAUCAACGCGAUACAGAGCGUUAUGGCCAGAAGUUAGUCCAUACAGUCUCUGAGGAUCUCCUCACUUGGGGGCCCGAUGUCGAGGACGUUACAUAUCCGGUUUAUACUGCACGACCAGGCAUGACCUCAAUUAUUCAGCUGCCAAAUAAACAGUACAUGAUGACUUAUGAGUACGGAGGUGGACCAACUCAAUCCUCCUCGUACCAGUUUCCAGUAUACUAUCGCAUCAACGAUAGUCCUCUCGCGUUUCUGGAUUCAGUCGGUCUUCCCAUCAUUUCAAAGGAUGGCAUCCAACCGAAAGGCUCGCCAACAAUUACGUUUUCACCAACAGGUGGAGAAAACGGGACGAUUAUAGUUAGCUCUGGCAGCAAUACCCAAGUUUUCAUAAAUCGUGCUUUGGGAGAUAGCAAUACGUGGGAGACAGUGGAGACUCCUGAAAAGGCAGCAUAUACCCGACAUGUAAGAGUGCUUGAGAGUAACCCUACCCAUCUUUUGAUCAUGGGGGCCGGUGUUUUGCCUCCAAGUACCACAAAUAACGUUACAGUUUCUGUGAUGGAGAUACCUAAGUAGAGAAUGUGAUGGAAUUGGUGGGUAUGCUAGUUGGGCUUUAAAGAUAUAAAUCUUUUUCCACAAAAUGAUGCUUAAGAUAGC